AUGGCGCUGAGCAAUAAAAGCGCUCUGAAAAAAGCAAACAUAUCACACAUUGUGUCUGUUCUUCGUUUCAAUCCAAAUGAGGAGCGAUUUGAGUCGUUUGAACAUCUACAGGUCUCUGUGGACGAUGUAAGCGACGAAGAUCUAUUGGAGUAUUUCCCUUCCACAAAUGCCUUUAUCAAAUCAGGCCUCGAGGGCGGGGGCGGUGUUCUAGUGCAUUGCGCAAUGGGCAAGUCUCGGUCUGCAGCUGUCUGUAUUGCAUUUCUGCUUCACCGAGAACCAGGUGCAAUAACUCCCUCAGAGGCUCUUGCACUAAUUCGUAGAUCAAGGCCAAUGUGUGAGCCAAAUGAUGGGUUCACAGAGCAACUGGAACUCUAUUUUAAAAUGGGAUGCCCAGAAAACGUCACUGACCACCCCUUAUAUAAACGAUGGAUAUAUGAACGUGCUGUUGAAGAGAGUGUUGCUUGUGGCCGUGCUCCUGAAAUUGACCUUGUUCGAUUUGAGGAUGAGCAGCCGGAGAAUAGCAAUAGUAAUGAAGCCGACGAUCAAUUAACUGAAAUAAAGUGCAGAAAAUGCCGACGCAAGCUGGCCACCAUGCCUUUCAUAAUUCCUCACACCCCGGAAAAUGAGAAGAAGUUGCCGAGAGGUCAUUCUACACCUGAUGGACCGUGUGCGCAUAUAUUUUUGCAUCCAUUAACAUGGAUGCGACCCUCCCUCUUCCCUGAACAGGAUUCUUCCUCUUCAGUGUUGGGCCAACAUGAAUACAGCCAUUCUCCCGAAGCACCGCUCUCCGGACGUCUAACGUGCCCUAAUUCAGCAUGCAGCACUAAUAUUGGCAAAUUCGCAUGGCAAGGCAUGAAGUGUAGCUGCGGGAACUGGGUUGUGCCCGCAAUCGGCCUGGCGCGGGCGAGAGUGGAUGUCGUGGACAGCAGUGUGAGAAGAGCAACAAUGGGCACCGCAGCUGAUAUAAGGUUUCCUGCUAGUUUGGGAGUGGCUGAAGGAGAAGCAUCAGUGGCAGAGAAUUCUGUUGUGAAGAAAGGUCUUUUGUGA